AUGGAGCUUCCAAUGUAUGGAGGAAAAAUGGACACUAAGGAGUUGAUAGAGUGGAUUGAUGCCUUGAACAACUAUUUUGAGUACAAGGAGGUGCCUGAAGAUAAGAAGGAGAAUAUUGGAGUGCUAUACUGCCGACAGAGUAGACCCAGUGGUCUCGAUUUGUGUGAUCAGUUACUUGAUGAGGAGGUUGCACAUAUCAGACAUCUAGGUUUAUAUCACAUGUUACAUCUGCAAGAGAUUACGACCAACAAGGCCUUGAUUACCGCAUUAAUUGAGCGGUGGCAUUCCAAGAUGUGUACAUUCCAUCUUCCUACCAGUGAAACAUCCAUUACAUUAGAGGAUGUCUGGUGGAUUCUCCAUAUUCCCAUUCAUGGAGACAGAGUUGUAUAUGAUCAUGAUGAUGCUAUCAUAGGACUGUGUGCUCUUUUUGAGUGUGAUGAGCAAGACUUACAGAUCAGUGGUCAUUAUGAUAUACCAUGGGCUCAUUUGGACUAUGAUGAUUUCACUAUAGUAUUAUGUAGUAUUGUAGGCAGUGUACUUAUCCCUGAUAGGAGAGGUCAUGGAUUCCCAGUCAGAUGGGGUAGAUUCCUUGAUGAUAUGAACGUUCAUCGGCAUGUCUAUGCUUGGGGUUCUUGUCUCUUAGAGAUGGUUUAUUAUCAAAUGCACAACAUUGUUUACUUGAGAUACAGAUCUGUCAGUUGUGGCGUUACAUUGCUCCAGACUUGGGCUUGGGAGCACAUUUCUAUUUCUAGGCCAGUUAUUCAUGUUGAUUUACAACCUGAGGAGCCAUAUGCAUACACAAAUACACCCAAGAUUAGACACAAGGGCUCGGGUAACACAUUGUAUUGCCGACAUCAGUUUGAUAUUUUAAAACACUUUAUUUGGAGACCAUACCUGGAUUGCCCCGAUUGGGAAGACGAUGACCAACAUUUACCAUUAUGCAGAGAGCUGAGAUAUCUCAUUGGUAGGACUUUGGAGACACAAAGGAUCAUUGAGAUGUACCUACCUGGAUGGGUACUUAGGCAGUUUGGGGAGGUACAUGGAGUACCUACUAUCACAACUUAUUUUGCUCAUGUUUCUCGUGAGUUUUUAGAUUGGGGUGCAUGUAUACAACCGCAUGUUGCUGCUGCAGAGUUUGAUACACUUUAG